AUUUACAUCUGCUCUCUUUUAUUAUCCAGAGAUCGUUACCCAGAAGCACAAAGUUAAUAUAUUAGAUUAUUUAGAUAGAAUUUACAGUUAGUGCUGAGAAUAUUUUUGGACAUUCGGGAUUGUUGUGACUCCUAUAAACAGACUUUGCUACACUGGAUUGUCAGAACCAUGGAUACAAGCUUGGAUUGUUCUGGUAAUCACUUGAGGGAGGAUUUGUGCAACUCUGAGAUUGUCAGAACCAUGGAUACAAGCUUGGAUUGUUCUGAUAAUCACUUGAGGGAGGAUUUGUGCAACUCUGAGAUUGUCAGAACCAUGGAUACAAGCUUGGAUUGUUCUGGUAAUCACUUGAGGGAGGAUUUGUGCAACUCUGAGUCUCCAAAUACAGACAAGGAAAACCGUGAGGGUCUCCUUGCAGAAUACAACCACUGGAAGAAACAACAGGACACGGCAGACCACCGUAAGUCUUUCUUUCUUGUGGAGAAACUGGAUGCAACUGAUACAAAAAUGGAACUUCAGCGUCUGUUGGAAGAACUCAGCACUAAGCAAGAGAAUAUGGCAGAAGAAAAAUUGGAUAAAAGUAAUCAGUUUAAGAGGGAAUCGGAGAAGUUGAAAAUGGUAAAUUUAGAAUUACAGAAGCAGAUUCAGGAACUCAAAAAAACCUUAAAAAAAGAGGAACAUGUUUUGGAAGAUAUGAAAAAGGAGCUACAGGUUGAAAACAAGUUACCACGAAAAAACAUUAAUUUUAAGUCUGGUGAAGCCCACGAGGAUGCAGAAUCUUUUCCAGACAUAUCCUACAAGUACUUUGUAACAAUAAAUGGUGGUGCUAUCCUGCAAAGUGGGCAGACUUUUGUGACAUUUGAAGACAGUGAAGUUGCUAAAACAAUUAUUAAGAAAGGAAAUUACAAACUUGACUUUGAAGGUACGUCAGUUAAGGUGACUGCAAAACCAAUCAACUUUAACAGGACAACCCAAUUUGAGAUUAACAUGAAUUUAUCUAAGAAACGUCUGUGUGUUCACUAUCUUCCCGUUGAGCUUUCUGAUGAGUACUUGAGAGACAGAUUGGAGCUGACCUUCUACAAACCAAGCAUAGGAGGGGGCGAGAUAGAGGGAGUGCAGUUUGACAGAAGCAGGAACUUGGCCUUCAUUGAUUUCCGUCAGUCUGGAGUGGUGGAACGGCUGGUAAAACAGAAACACUUUGAGUUUUCUGCUGAUAAUGCUCUUCACCAGAUUACAGUGGAACCACAUUUAGACAUCAAACUGAACAAGCUGCAGAUGUUCACAGGCAAGUCCCUGAAGUCAGUGCUGUUGGAUGGGCUAAAGGGAGUUGAGGAAACUGAAGAUGACAUUCAGGACAUUGUACAGAUAUUUUUUCAGAAGACAACCAAUGGGGGUGGAGAGGUGGAGCAUAUUUUGCACUCUCAUAACAGGAAACGAGUGGCUGAAUUUGAGCCAGAUCUCAACUAGGUGUUACCCAUUUGUUGCUGGACUACAACUCCCAACUUAUUAUCAGGAAUUAAUGCAGGCAGGGAGUUGUAGUACUGCAAUAUCCGGGUGGUAUUUUUAUUGAUAUAACUUUCCCCAGCUCUUUAGGGCAGCCCACUUAAUGCAAAAUGAUCAUCCAAUGAAUCCUGUACUCCAGGUUCUUUGUUUACAUGAUUACCUUUACCAUUGUUCUAGUACCAAACACCCAGUAAACUCAGCAUUGUGCCAUUCUGAUGUUUGAUUAGCAAGCUAAUAAUGGAUUUCCCUAUGUUAGAUAGCAACUUCUCUACUGUUUGAUUUCCUUAAAUACAAAUAUGCAGUCUUGUCUUACUGCUCUGUGCUUAAAAAAUUGUUACUAUCCUGUAUAUAGACAUGUUUAUGCAACAAAUUGUUCAUCAUUCAUAUCGGUUCCUGCCACAGUGGCGUCCCGAUCCCAUAACACAAUAGGGUCAGUUUUAUCAGCAGCCAAUAAACCUGCCUGUGUUUUCGGGCAUUGUGGGAGGAAAAUGGAGUACCUGCUCACGUGAAACAUCCAAACUCCUAGUAGAUAGCUUAGUGGUUGGGAUUGACGCAGGACCCUGGGGUUAGCAAGUCAGAAAUAGUUACCCUGCUGCCCUGUGCUAGGUUUUGGUGCAUAUUAUUAUUCUGUAUCCUUGUGGGUUCAGGCUCAUAUGCCUACAUAGGACCCUUAUUCACCAGUAUAUGAUAUAUAGUUCAUGCUUUAUUAGUAACCUGUGCAAAAUGUCCAUUCCUUCUUUCUCUUCAUUUGGAUACCAUAUACACAACCUGCAUUUAACUGCUAAAUAAAAGAUUAUUCCAAGUAAAAAGUCGCUGUAUUGCUCCAAAUAAAAUUUGGGGAGGGAGAGUAACAGAAAAAAGUUAUAUAGUGUAAUAUUUUUUGAACACUUUAUGACUGACCCCCUUAGUGACUUUAAAACAACCGUGCUUUGCAAUUCACACUAUAUUGCGUCACCUGAAUCAACCUUGUGUCAAAACUUAAAUUAAAACAAAAAUAGAGAAAAAAAAGAAAAAAAAAAGAAAAAUUUCAUUAAAGGGUAACUUGGGAGUGGCCUAAGUUUCCUCGUAUUCGAACUAUAUUUGGAUUUUAAAUAAAAGAUAAAGGAUUAUCCACAUAGGUUAAUAAUGAUUGCUCCUGCUUUUACUGUUCCUUAUAUUGUAUAGGGUUGAGUUAAUUGCUCCAAGGUACAGUAUCAUUGUCCAUUACCCAGUGUAUACCUGUGUUCCAGAAGACAGAAGUGUUUCAAAGUUAUUGUUCCAUAAUAAAAAGCUCUGGACUAAAAUAAUUAUUCAUUGUAUAGCGGGAUAUUGAGUAACACAGUGGAAAGCAGAAAUGUGUUUCAGUACAUGAAGUGUUCUCAAGCAGUGAGACAUUUUUGAUUAAGGUCUCCUUAAGUAGAAAGUAUGGAGGCAAUUGAAGUGUGACUAUCACAUACAGCCCCAUCAAUUUUUUUUAUGUUACAAACCAGUACGUAACGUAGCAGCAUUGCCUCUUUGUUUUUUUUAUUUUAAACAAUAACAUGCAGUUAUCUGAUUUGCCACAAGACGGUGCCAUUGGCUUACUGAAUGUUGAGGGGAAAAUAUCAAAUGCUUCUCUCUGAUUAAUGAAAUGUAUUAUAAACCUCUAGGAUGAUCAAUAUAGGACAAUACAAAUUUUCUCAUGAUAAAUACUUCUCUUUUGUAUUCAACCCUUUCUCUUCAAACUGAUACAGAUGAUUUGUCUGUGCCUGUGAGGAGGGUAGGUAAAAUCAUUUAAUCAACCAGCAGUUGACCAGGAAGGGUCUUAGCUCUAAGAGAAAAGACAUUGAGAUCAAUCCUUUAUAUGGACCCACUGCCUUGUUACCUAAUUGACUAAAGGCCACCCAGGAGUCCUAAUAAUCUGUGAAAAAACUGCAGUUCAGUGUUUCCUCUCUGGAGUGGAAACUGCUUGAGGCUAAUGGCAUGUUUUUUUUGUUUUCUCUGCACGUUGAUGUCCAACAGUUUCCAUGUAUAGGGCCAAUUAUUCAACGCACUACAUGGUUGGGGGCCUGAGUCAUAUAGUCAGUACUGUUACAUAAGGAUCUUAUAAAUUAUUCAAUUUUAUUCAAUUUACAGAAGCUUUAUUUCUAGAUUGGUUAUUGGAUUAACUACCUCCCUCUUCUAUCACAGUUAGGAAAACUAAUAACUUGUUAAAUGUAUACCUUUAAAUGUAUAAUUAACCCAGUUUAUUGCAAUUAAUAAAAAAUAUAAAUAUUAA